AUGUCGCAUCUUACAGGCGACCCGAAACGACAUGAUCUGUCUUCCUUCAAGGACUCUAUAACAGGCAGCUGCCUAUGCGGAAGCAUUACAGUAACAAUCAACGACAACCUCUUCACAGAACCACGCGGCCACUUCUGCCAUUGCGAAAACUGUCGAAAAGCGACCGGCUCUGUAGUAGCCACAAAUCUCAACAUCGAAGAGGAAAAAGUCGAUAUCAAGGACAGAGAUGGCACGCUCAAGCUCUAUGCAGAUAAAGCUACCAAAAGCGGUAACCCGAUAUAUCGAUAUUUUUGCGCUGUGGAUGGAAAUCCUAUAUUCUCCAAAGUCGAUUUCAUGCCUGGCGAGGUCACUAUUUCAAUGGGCUGCAUGCCAGUAAUCCCCAAACCAGAGAUGGCAAGCUUUGCUGCGCACAGGCAUCCUUGGUUUGUGGAACCUGACGGCAUAAAAGCGUACAGGACUAUUCGUGGUGAAGAGACGAUGGAUGAAUAG